AUGGAGUCUUGGGAAUGGGUAGGAGCAGCUGAGGAGGAGGCAGAGCAGAACCUGGGGGCUUGCUGGACUCCGGGCAAAGCCGAGACCCUGGUAAACUGCGCGGCAGGAGCGGGCGGGCCGGGCCGGGGUCCGGCGUCAGGGCCCAGGUACGAGGAGCCCUCGGGACGCGGGUCGUCAUCGCGGAAGUCGGGGUACACAGAGGUCCGCGCGUUCCCGACACCAAAAGUUGCCGCGGGGAGAGCCACCCGCACCACCCCAGGCCACUGGGGCGCGACGACACGGGGUUCCCACGUGGUCCGUGGUAACGCGCAGCCGCACGCCCGCGACCCUCCCGCGGUGCCGCCACGCUGGCGGCCGGACCGCGCGCCCCGAAACCGGAGCGGGCUCCUGCCAGCUGCCCGAAAAGCUAGAGUCCGAGACCCGCGGGGACCACAGGGCGCUGGCGGCGCGCAGGUGCACGGAGAGGAGCGGGUUUCCCGGAAGGAACUUCCGGGGCUGACGUCAUUACGCAGCCACACGGCGUCACAAUUCAAGAGCCCGGCUGCACUUCGGAAGAUAAACCCAUGUGAGGACAAACGCGGCCCCACCGCGUGUUGCCCCAGCCGGUGUCCAAACACGCCUCGCUAAAGUGCUGCGAAAGCUGCACGUCCACGCACGAGAGAAGCGCGCGUGUUCUCUGUGCGUCCGUCACCGUGAAGUUGAAAGCGGCGCACGGGCAGCCCCCUGCCCCUCAGCCCCGCGGUGGGCGCCGGCCCGUAGAACCGGCCCCCACCGCCCCCCGCGCCCGCUAAGACGAGGAGGCGUGCACGGAAGCUCGCGUGUGCACGCGCAGCCGACGGGGACACACCAGGGCCAGCCUCUGGGGUCCGCCCAGGCCCGCAGGAAAAAGGUGGCUCAGGAGUGUUUCUAAAGGGACUGUCGGAGAGGGACGUUUAUGAUUUUCCUACUUUCCUAUGUACAUAAUCCUUUAGUAAGAGGCUCAAUUCAAAAAAUAUA